AUGGUAUCGGAAUACACUUCGAUGCAGCCGGAUAUAGAAAGCAGAGUUGGUUUGGGUAAGAAAGGAUACGCGCUCGGUAUAAACGACAAUCUGCUUCUUCACGAUCGGCACCCCUACACAUUUAAUCAUGUUGCCGAGGCCUUCGAAGCUGUUCUUGGUGCUAUCUACUUGGACUCUGGGAACAACAUCGAAACCGUCAAGGAAGUUAUCACCGGAAUCAAGCUCGAUCGUCACAAGGGAUUAGAAGAGCAGAUUACGGCCCAGGAUCGUCUGGACAAUAAAAGGCUUGCGGCGCUGCAGUACUCUGAUUAUAUGAGGAACCAAGCUGCGUACACUAAAAAAGCCCAGCUGGAGCAUGAUGCAGCACUGGCAGCGAAAGAAGCAGCAAAACUGGCGGAAAAACAGGUGGCAGAUCAGCCUAGAGAGGAGGCGCAAGAAGACAAUAUGUCCACCAAAAGUCAAAUACACGAUGGACACUCGGGAACAGUUCAGCCUCAAACUAAGAAGAAGAGCAGCGUUGCGCUCACACAUGCGGAGGCCUCGAAAAAUCUAGCCGAUUCCGUGAUCGAAUAUCGCACGAAUGGUCACCCGAGUGACGCAAAGGAUCUGGGCCGACUUGCUAGACAAGACGCGCAACGCCAAAGUCCAGCCUCGAAGGGAAAAGCACCAUCGCAGAAUGCCAAUCAGGGAUCAGAUUCAAAACUGCAACGACGCGCGGUCGUAGCUGCCAACAAGCUAUCGAAAGAAGGCUACCUAUCAAAUGAUGUCUUGGAACACGAUGACAAGAAAACAGUCUCUAAACGCCAAGAUUUGCCAGUAUCUCACGUCGAGAACCAGGACAAGGUAGUCACCCUAGGCACCAAACUAUCGCCGGAGGAAGAAGCAGAUGAGUUUGUCGCAUCGAUGAAGUUUCCAGCAGAAAUAGAAUCAUCUGAGGGCUUGAAAAGCAGUGAAAAACGCAUCAUGAGAAUAGCAUGGGACAUGGCGGUACGAAAAUGCGCCGACAGCAUCAGAAUUAGCGAGGAGAGAGACUUUGAGGGAACGUUUGCGCAUAGGUUGAAGCGAAUGGUACGGUACCAGGUAAAUGCUGGUUUAGUAAAAAACGAAACGAAAGAAACGAUUAGGCUUCUCCGCCUGUCAGCAAGGCUUCGAGGCCACAGCUGGGGAGAAAAACAGGAGAAGACAUAUCGCAAGACCAAUUCAAAGGUUCCAAUCAAACCUAGUCGAGAGACAACACAGGCACCGGUGAGUGUUUCACCAGAACCGAAAGCUGCGACGGCAACGAAAGCAAAUCCUACACCACAAGAGACAGAUCCUGCACUGGAGAUAGUAGACACUGUACUAGAGAAAGCAGAGCCUCUACUAGAGACUGGUAUGAACAACGAUAAGCCAGCCCAAAGACGCUCAGACUCGCCGAAGGAAUCCCAUCUUGCAGACGCAGCCACCACAGAGAUGGAAGAUGAAAAGAACAUACAAGUGCGCACCAAGGAUGUUGAAUCACUAGAAAGAGAUAUCCUGAACUCGCAUAACACCGUAUGGCAAACGGUCGAUACCGCAGAUGCGUCAACAUCAGAGCAGCACAGCGGACGCACAACUCGUGCACGCCGUUCUGCUGCGGAUGGCCAGGCGGAGAAGCCAUCUGCUCCAAACGAAUUUUUCGAAUCGGACACGGACAGGUUCAUGUCUACCAUCACGCAAAAUGAUUCAGAAGCGUCCGACGCCCCUCAACCGAAACCUCAUGAGGAAUCUGACAUGCAGUCUUCGGAAUCUUCCAAAGAGCUAGAGGAAUCGCCCGCUCCCGGCACAGCGAGACGUCUACUAAAGUACCAUGUUCCUCGCUUCAACCCUCGCCGCAAGGAGUUUGCACAAGUCGAUUUCAAUAUGGCAUCCCACAAGCGCCCACGACUUCCACCCACCCAAUUAGCCGCCAUAAUGAACGACUAUUACACCUUUUUGACCACUCUCUACAUACCAUGUUCAGCUUUGAAACAUCCGCCUCUGGGUGGUUGGCCGAACAUUACUGCGGAGGCGACAAAGUGUCUGGACAAAUCGCAUGUUGUCAUUGAGGUCAUGAAGCAUUUACCAUACAUCGAUGAGGCCGAGUCAGGCGAGAUGAUCACGAACAUUCACUACAAGAGCGACGUGGUAGAUUAUUCCACAUACACGAAACAAGACUUUGAGAAAUACAAUGUAUCGUAUGGAGAAGACGGGCUCAAAGUUUGCAUUGAAGAGAUGGAGGAGCGGAGAAGGGAAGAUGAAGAGCAGCAGGAGCAGGAUAACGAGGAGGGUGAAGAGGAGAACAACGACACGAAUGAAGAUGAACAGAACAGCACCAACGAGGAUGAAGAGGAAAACGAAGACGAAGAAAUCAAUAGCGACGACGAGAACGCACCGCAUGACGAAGGUUACAGUUCCGACGAAGAAGAAGACUUCGGCGACGACCCCGACUCCGUCGACAUAAAAGACAUCCUCCUCCUAUCCAUGGGCUACGAAUCCGGCGGACGGAUCCUCCUCCUCGACGUACACAAAGGCAUCAUCCACGAAGACAUAGUUCGCUGCAACAUCGUCUCUGGCGUAUGGAUAGAAGACUUCUUCGACGAUAUGAAGGACAAGCUCAGAAGGCUGGAUUGCGUACCCGUAAGAGGCGAGUUCUACGAGGGCGUGUCUGAGGUGGAGGAUAAUGGGUCGGUGCCUGAGACUGCCGAUGAGUCUUUGGAUGAACAUGACGAGGAGCAUGUGAAGGUUUGGGUGGCCGGGGAGGGAGUAUAG